GAAGGGAGUCGUCCUUUAUUACUCCCAAAUCUUUAUCCCAUCCUCUCCAUCGGAAAACCACUCCAUCGCAAGAAUACCACCGGCGGUUUUCCGGCCAUCAGGGCGAAGAAAUGGGGGAAACAAUUGGAGUUCUUAAAGUGACCAUUGUUCAUGGGAAGAGGCUCGUGAUAAGGGAUUUUACGAGCAGCGAUCCUUACGUUGUAGUCAAGGUGGAAAACCAGACUGCUAAGACCAAGGUCAUCAACAGCUGCCUUAAUCCUGUUUGGAACGAGGAGCUGACCUUCUCUAUAAAAGAUCCUCUCAGCGAAUUGAAAUUGGAAGUAUUUGACAAAGAUCGGUUCAAAUCUGAUGAUGAGAUGGGCCAUGCCUACCUCAGCCUCCAGCCCAUCAUUUCCUCAUCCAAGCUCAAACGCGCUCUCCAGCUCACUUCUGGGGAGACCAAGCUCAGGAAAGUCGCUCCGGAGGUCGAUAAUUGCCUCCUCGAUGACAGCUUCGUGACUUAUCUUGAUGGUGAGAUCGUUCAGGAUGUUCGAUUGAGACUCUGUGAUGUUGAAUCUGGGGAAUUAUUUGUGAAGCUCAAGUGGUUCGAGCAUGCUCGUAGGAGUUAGUUAUGUUUCUUGAUGCUAGUUAUAAGGGUAAAUUUCACUUUAACCUCCUCCUGAACUUUGGGGGAUUUCCACUUACCCCAUUGAACUUUGCAGUUUCUACAUUACAUGCCCUGGCAUCAGUAAUUGUUAAUGGUGAAAUGAUCGAAAUGCCCUUUUGAAAUAGAACCCCCCUGAAAAGGAUUAAAGGGAAAUAUUAACAAAAUUAGGGGUAUUUAUGCGACCCAUCAACGUACAGGGUGUCUGAGGCAAGUUCAAGGGGGUUAAGUGCGAAACCCCUCAAGAUUCAGGGAGGGUUAAGUGAAAUUAACCCUACCUUUAAUUGUAAAUAUGAUGGUGUGUAAUGUGGAGAAACCCUUAUGUGGGUCAAUGCCAUUUCCAAGAUAAUUCAUGCAAACAAACACGAUUCUGCAUUGAAAAGAGCUGUUGUCGGUCCAAGCAGCAGAUUGUGGAUUUUCUGUACAAUUAAGCAAGAAGAGGACUCCUAGCUGUGUGUAAUGGGCUACUAGGCUGCUACUAACACUAACGAAGAGAGUAUUGUAUUUAUCAAGGUUGUGUUCUUUGA